AUGGCUAACCACGGAGCGCUCUUCAACACCAUGGACGUCCGCGACUGGACCAAGCCCCAGCUCGAGAACUCGAAGGAGUUCACGAACAACUGGCCUGCGACCAACUUCCCGCUCGGGAUCAACUGGCUGGACUACGACAGGUCGUCGAACAUUCGCCUGAAGUCGUACAUCGACAACGUCAAGUUCGACGAAAAGAACCUUACGUUCUCGUCCAAGUGCCACCUCGACGCCUGGUACGACUCGAAGAUGUACUCGGCCGGAUGCACCUGGCUGGGACACUUCAACGACCGUGACUUCCAGUCCGGAUACGUAGACACCAAGCCGACCCAAGAGUACACGACCGUCGACGUGACGUUCAAGCACGAGUAUGCUUCGACCCCUAACAUCACCUGCUGGUUCACCGCGAUCGACCUGGACAAGGACAAGGACUGGCGUAUCGAUGUGUCCGCUAGCGACGUGACGAAGAAGGGCUGCAAGAUCAAGUUCCGGGUGUGGGGCAGCACCCACGCCUACUGGCUCAAGGCGUGCUGGAUCGCGCACCCAUCCGAUCGCUCGCACAUCGACUCCGGUCGUUCAACACGAUGGACCAGCAAGUUCGGCCGACCGCCCCUAGUGUACUGCGCGCUCAGCCGGAUCGAUGAGACGAACAAGGGCAACCUGCGGCUGAAGACGUACAUCAAGGACGUGUCCCCCCAGGGCAUGAAGUGCCAUAUCGACUCGUGGCACGACACGGUGAUGUACUCGGCGGUGUGCCAGUGGAUCGCGUACCAGAAGUACUAA